CUCGACUUGCACUACUAUACUACUCAAGUUGUACAUACCCCUGUGUGGGAAUCGACAGACAUAGCUCCUGCCUCAGGUGUCCAGCGCGCCUUCCAGUGGACAACAACAGCAUCAACAAUGUCAUGGGAGCCGUCAGCACCCAAUGCAGCUCUACUAUCCUCAUUGAGCUUAUCGGAGCUUAUCAAAGCUACCUUAAAUGCGUAGCGGUGUUUGCAGUAGGAAUGUGAAGCUGCGAGCUUCCGCAUAGGUCGCUGGCCAAUGAGAGCGUCCAUAUUGCCUACUAGAGGAACGCUAAUGAUCGUGAUCAUUCGACUUCCUUGGCUUUUUUGCAAGUCCUCAUCUCCUGGCCCACCACCCUCACCUCCAUCACCAACACCACCCAUUGGCAGCUGCACGUAGCUCGACGGGACACCUCUCCCUUUCCUUUCUAAUUUUCGACACUCUCCACUCCACCCGCCGCCAUGUUGCGCUCCUCCCUCACCCGGGCUUCGAGGAGCUCGGCUGCCAGUAUCCCAUCGACCGCGACACGCACAGCUGUCCCCAGAAUUGCCCCGGUAGCUUGCCAGCUCCAGCAGACUCGUCAGGCCCACGCCAUCUCCAACCCGACUCUUGCCAACAUCGAGAAGCGAUGGGAAGACCUCCCUCCCCAGGAGCAGGCCGACUUGUGGAUGUCGCUUAGGGACCGCAUGAAGACGGACUGGAAGGAGUUGACUAUGCAGGAGAAGAAAGCCGCAUAUUUCAUCGCCUUCGGUCCUCAUGGCCCUCGACGACCACCGCCCCCGGAUGAGGGCCGCAACGUCUUCUUCCUCUCAUCCGCCGUCAUCGCCGGUUCCUUCGCCCUGUUUGCUUUCACGCGCAUGUUCGCAAGCCCCGUCCGGCCUCGCACCAUGACCAAGGAGUGGCAAGAGGCCUCUGAGGAGUUCAUGAAGAACCAAGGAACCGAACCCAUCACCGGCUACAAGGGAAUGCUGGUACAGAGCAAGUCAGCGAAGGAGCAGGGCAUCGUAGAGAAGAACGACGAUUAGAAUCCGAUCGAAAACAUCAGAGCAAACACACCAUACCAAUACCAACACUGAUACCUCUUUUCCUUGGGUCAACCUUACGCUUGGUACUGUCUGUGUCACAUAUUCAACAAGAUCGGAAGGGGUGCGAGCCACUGCCUGGUUGGCCAUUGUCAUAUUAGUCCUCGUGUACAGAAAUCUAGGCAUUUCCGCUUUUUGUUUUCCCC